AAAAAAAAACAAAGAAAAAACUCAUGGAUGAUAAUAUGCACUAUUGCUACCAACUGGAAUUACACAAAAAAAGUUCUUAUCGAAAUUUUAUUAUUAUGAUACCAGUUAAAUAGUGCUCAAAUGGCAUAGAAAAAUAGAGCGAAAGAUGCUUUAUCUAUUGGUAAAAAAGGAUUUUUUUUCAAAGCUAUUUAUAAGAAAAAAAAGAACCUGACUCACUACUUUUGGAUAACCCUAAGUAUUUAAAGAUAAAAGAUAAUAUUAAUUAAAUGUUUAAUCGAAUUGAUAUUUAUUUAAAAUCGAUAUUUAAAUUAAAAUUGAAUUAUCAAAAAAUGUCAACUAAAAUAGUUGGUAUCGGUGUCUCUCAAUAAAAUAGUCGUGCUGAUAAAGAAGAAUAUUUUCAAAUAGGAGAACAAUUAAUAAAUCAAGAUAAAAAAGAACAAGCUAAAGUUUGUUUUUUUAAUUUAAAUUAAAAUUCUAAUAAAUGUUGAAUAGAUUCGAUUUUUUCCUGAAAGAUUUUAUUAUAUAUCUGAAUCAAUAUGAGAAAGACUUGAAAAAGCUGAACCAAUUGAUGGUCGAAUUAUAAAUCGAUUUAGACAAUUAGCAAAACAACAUCUAUUAUGGAUUUCAUCAGGUGGUUUUCAUCAACGACCAGGUGAUGGAACUCGUCUAUUAAAUAGUCAUUUAAUAAUAAAUUAUCAAGGUGAUAUUAUUGGUCGAUAUUCUAAAAUACAUUAUUUUAUGUUCAAGCUGGUUCUCUAG